UUAUUAGAUUGUAUUCACAACUACAAAAUAAUACGCAUUGCUCUGUGUGUAUUGAUGAUAUAAAAAUUAAAAUUUUUCCCGGUGCUCAGUUAUUUGAGUGUCAGUCGUCAUCUCAGACGAGUCGUGAGCACAGUGUUGAAUUCAAUUGAGAUAGUAAAAUGGGUUGCAUAAUAUUGUUAAUCGGUUUUGUGACACUUGUAGCAAUUGGGUACUUUUUUGUAAAGAAAAAAUACAGCUACUGGGAGGAAAGAGGCUUUCCACACUUGAAAGCAACAUUUCCCAUGGGCAGUGUAUGGGGAGUUGGCUACAAGAAGCACGUUAGUUUGUUCUUCCAAGAUGCCUACAGAGAAAUGAAGGGGAAAGAUGUUGUGGGCGGAAUGUAUUUUAUGAUAGAGCCAACCUUGCUCGUGAUGGAUCUGGACUUCACAAAAACCAUCCUUAUAAAGGAUUUCCAGUAUUUUCAUGAUCGUGGAGUUUAUGUGAAUGAACGCGAUGAUCCACUCACGGCUAAUCUUUUCGGACUCUCCGGUCAGAAAUGGAGGGUUCUUAGAGGAAAACUCAGCCCCACCUUCACGUCUGGAAAGAUGAAGAUGAUGCACACCACCAUCAUUGCUGUGGCUGAAGAAUUUGGAAAAUUCUUGCAACCGUAUGCUAAAAAAGGCGAGGAAGUUGAAUGGAAAGACAUCCUGGCUCGCUUCACCACAGACGUGAUCGGAAAUUGUGCCUUUGGAGUUGAUUGCAACAGUCUGAAAGAUCCAAAUACAGAAUUCCGACAAGUAGGAAAGAAGAUUUUCCAAUUUGGCGCAGUUGGCUUUAUCAAAAUAUUGUUCAUUCAGGUUUUUCCUAAUGCAGCUAAAGCCUUGAGAAUGAAAACGAAUAGUGACGAAAUUGCAAAUUUCUUCAUGAAACUCCUUAAAGAUACGAUAGAAUAUAGAGAAAAGAAUAACGUGAAGAGAAACGAUUUUCUCUCACUUUUAAUUCAGUUGAAAAACACAGGAAAACUCGAAGGAGACAGUGUGGAUUUGGGAAAACUGACUUUUGAAGAAUUGGCAGCACAAACAUUUGUAUUUUUUGGUGCUGGUUUUGAAACAUCUUCUGCUGCAAUGUCAUUUGCACUUUAUGAGUUGGCUUUGAAUCAAGAGAUUCAAGAUCGAGCCAGAGAGGAAAUCAAAUCAAUAUUGGAGAAGCAUGAAGGAAAUUUCACAUACGACGCUUGCAUGGAGCUCAAAUACCUCGAAAGGAUUAUUCAAGAAACAUUGAGAAAAUAUCCUGUUGUUGACAACGUCCUGAGAACUGCCACGAAUGAUUAUCAGAUUCCUGGCGACAAUCGUGUUAUCCAGAAAGGCAUUGCACUUGCCGUUCCCGUUUAUGCAAUUCACCAUGAUCCGGAGAUUUGGCCGAAUCCUGAAAGAUUCGAUCCAGAUCGAUUCACAGAGGAGAACAUCAGAAAUCGCCAUUCCAUGGCUUGGAUGCCAUUCGGAGAAGGUCCUCGAAUGUGCAUCGGAAUGAGAUUCGCCCUAAUGCAAACGCGAGUAGGCCUGGCGACAAUACUCAGCAAAUACCGCAUAGAUGUGACACAGAAAACUCCCAUUCCAAUGGUUUUCUCUGCCGCCAGUCCUUUUCUGUCUACGCCUGGCGGAAUGUGGCUGAAGAUUGAGGAGAUAUCGUAGAUACUGCGGGUACUAACCGCUCAUUUUGUUGGACAACAAUAAAAAGUAAUGUGUCAUUCAAUGAUUUUUCAGAUUCUUGAGUGUUAGAUGAGUGGAAAAUAAAGAUUAAGCUUUUAUCAUUUAAUCCAAGGAAUCCAGCGUGAACUACAAUUUUUGCACUGAUUACAAUAAGUUUACAUGAAGUGUGAAUUAAGAAAG